AUGGCAAAUUCUUUAUCAUUAACAUUUGGCCUUACACGUCCGAUUACAUUACAUAAUGCAGCAUCAAUUUUGUUAGCUCCAGCAUUCUUUCUAGCUAAUUUGGAAGAUAAAAAUACUCAGUUACAUGUUGAAUUAUCUCGAAUUAAUUCAGAUUUCAAGCUAAGCAACGACAAUGCUAACGAUGAAAAGAAAUACAACUUAAUAAAGCUUCGUGUAAACACAGGUGAUGAAGAAUCAGAAAUAGAUUUAGGAAUCCUUAAAACCAUAGGAAAAUACGGAGCUAAAAUUGACUAUGAAGAAGCCAGACGAAUAUUUGAGAAAUAUCCAAACAAUAAACGUGCAAAUGCUUUUCUUGGAAAAUUAUAUCAUUUUGGAUACGGAGUUGAAAAGAAUAAAUCAAUUGCGAAAGACUAUUACGAGAAGUCAGCUUUCAAGCGUGAUCCAAAUGGCCAAGAAGGACUUUGUUUGCUUAAAUUAGAAAACGAUGAUUUUGAUGUGGUCGAAUGUUUCGAAUCAGCAAUGAAAAUGGGAUCCCCAGAAGCAGCUCUCAAUCUAGGCAUAUUAAACCUCAGAGGCACAAAAACUCUUCCGAAAAACAUCACAAAAGCUUAUGAAUUGUUUAAACCAUUUUUAGGAGAGAAAGUUCCUUUAUCUCUUGUUGCUGUUGCGGAGAUGCUCAUGAGAGGUUCUUACGAGCAUAAUCUAAAACAAGCGCUCGUUUAUCUCUGGGACGUAAUGCAAGGCGGUCCUUGGAACAAUUUAGGAAAAUCUGCUGAAAAUUUCUUCAACAACAAAGAGUAUGAAAAAGCUUUGUUAGCAUGGAUGAUGCUUGGCGAUAUAGGUAUAGAAAGAGCAGCUUAUAAUGCAGGAAUAAUGUUGAUGAACCAUAAAUUGUUUUUUCCCGAAAAGAAAUCCUUUUAA